GGCUUGAUGGAGCGUGGUUGAAAUUGUGAAUUGUUCUCCUUGCUCCACUGCAUAACUGCAUAACUGCCUCGUUGGUGAAAUUGCGCGGUUUAAGAUGAAUCUCGGUAGGGCAGAUAUCUUCUGUGGAGUAGAUGGCCGGUAGUGACCUGUGGAGGUAGUAUUUAUGUGUGCUUUGUCCCUACACUUCCCUUCCUUUCCUUUCUUUCCUUUGUAUCGUUCAAUUCCAUAGUUCCGUCCGCAUACUCCAUUGUUGGCAGAGUAACUCACCCAUCCGGAGCGCGCUGCGCUGACUUGCCUUGCCUAUUUUACUUUGUCCAUCUUGUCAUACACAAAUCAACCACCCCUCUAUCGCAACCAACCGCAUCCAUUAAGACAUCAAGAUACAGACGGAACCAUGGUUGUACAUACUUUCACUCCGCAUAUCGCGAAGUUUGCCAGGUUCUCUCUUGGAAGGUUCACAAAUCGUUGGGCCAAUGAGGAAGAAUUGAACAUUUUUUGACAGUAAACCUGCGAUCUUAAAAGAGAACAGGAUACCCAAAAAUGUACCAGCGCAGUGGAACGUUCUUAGAUGGCAAUAUCAGAGCGAGUUGUUGAUGGAAAUUAAGAAUAAAGAUACGGAAAAGACAAGACAACAGCAAGCACAAUACGACGUGGCGUUGGGGAUGGCGGACACAACCGCAAAGAUGAAGGGGCUAAUGGACGAAAAUCACCUCUGGAUGUGUGCGGUUUGAAGUGCUUGGGGAUAGUCGACUGGAGUUUCAUCGACAAACGUUACACGAUCGAAAUACAUUAUAUGGCGUUCUAUUGCGGAUUGGAGGCUUUGUAUGAUACCAAUGGCUUGAGGAAAUCUCGAGUACUCGUCGGAUAGAGUCGGGAGAGGAAAGGAAAAGACGUAGAAACAUAGGCUGCUGGCAGUUUACUUGAUCAUGAAAGAUGAUUUUUCAAUAACGAUUUAAUAUACA